UCUCCGCAUAAAGCGGUCCCGGCCGCCGGCCCGCAGACCCGCCGCCGCCGCCGCCGCCGCCAUGGCCCAGCCCCUGUGCCCGCCGCGCCCCGAGGCCUGGAUGCUCUCCGGGGGCUGGGGCCCUGCCCGGCCGCCGCGGCCCUCCGACGGGGACUGCAGCUGCUUCCCUGCCUCGUCCUCGCACUCCUGGGCCAGCGCCGCGGACGGCAGCGCUGUGCCGAGCCCCGGGCGGCCCGCGCCACCUGCGGCCCGCACCCCGACAGCAGGGAGGCGCAGCGCCCGCGGCAGCCGCCUGGGCAGCGGGCAGCGGCAGAGCGCCAGCGAGCGCGAGAAGCUGCGCAUGCGCACCCUCGCCCGCGCGCUGCACGAGCUGCGCCGCUUCCUGCCGCCAGCAGUGGCGCCCGCCGGCCAGAGCCUCACCAAGAUCGAGACGCUGCGCCUGGCCAUCCGCUACAUCGGCCACCUGUCGGCCGUGCUGGGCCUCAGCGAGGACAGCCUGCGGCGCCGGCGCCCGCGGCCCAGCGCCUCGCCGCGCCCUCGGGGCUGCCCGCUCUGCCCCGACGGCGGCCCCGCGCAGGCGCAGACGCAGACGCGCGGCCCGGGCCUGGGCUCCGCAGCCGGCGCCGCGGUGUUCUGGGGGUCUCCGCCCGCCGACCCCGGGGCUCCGGGUGCUGCGUCCGAGCCCUGCGACCCGCUCGAGCUCCACAACGAGGCGGCGGGCCCGCAGGCUCUGGCGAUGGAGCCGGGCCCCUCGUCUCUGCUCUUUCCCGACGAAGUGCUGGCCCUGCUGGAGACCUGGAUGCCCCUGGAGUGGCCGCCCGCCUGAGUCGUUGAAGCGACGACGCACCGCUGGCGCCCCGUCUGUGAGCGCCGAGGCUUUCUUGGCCUCAGCUUCGAAGUGGUCCCUCCCCAGACUCUCUGUCCGGGAGAGGGUCCCAGCGAUCCUGCCAUGGCCCUUCCUGCGAGUGACAGCCUGUGCCCGCCCCGGCCGGCCCUCUCAGCCCCUGUCGCGGUGGAGGAACCCCUGGGCUACAGGCUCGGAGGCGGACAGGACGCUCUGCCUAGUGUGUCUUUAUUUAUUUGUGAAUAAACUUUGUGCUGGUGACAGUUGA